AACCCCUCGAAUGCAUCACCAACAAUGAUUGAUGGGUCACAUUCGCAAUCGCCGUUAUAAAAGUACAAUUUUGGACAACAAUACCUUCUAGUAGAGACAACAGUGCUGCACGGUGAACAAAGUGACGAUUAGAAAUGAAAACUGCUUCGUUAUUGGUAUGCAUGCUGGUGGUGGUCUGCUGCAUUGAUUACAGCAUCGCACAGAUUUACAUUCCUUGUUUGGGAACGGAAGGCCUGUCCCAGGUGCCGGAUCCGGACAAUUGUCAGGCAUUUUUCAUCUGCAUCGAUGGAAUGGCCUUUCCUCAGCAGUGCGGCCCUGGACUGAUCUUCGAUGUCAUCACCAACAAUUGUAAUACGGAGGAUAUCUCGGUUUGUAUCACAGAAGUUGCUACGCCACCGACGCCAUCCGGAUAGCAGGAAUAUAACAUCAACAUGGGUAGCGAAUUUUAAAAUUGUAAAUGUGAAGUGAUGUGAAUAGAAUAAAUUAUAUUGUUGCAGUUAAUAUCGUGAUAUUAAUAUAAUUGGGCGAAGGCGAUGUGUGGUAAAACCA